AUACCUUCUUAGCAGCAUUUAUAACCCUAUUCCAAUUUUUACCAGCAAUGUCCAAAGAUUCUUCAGUCUCGUACAUAUUUAAAAACUGAUUCACAAAUAUAGUGUUUAAUAUCUAUUUCAAUUAGUAGUUGUUAUUUAGAAAUAAUUUAAAAACACAAUGAUAUAACCUAGCGACCAUAAUAAGUAAUCAGAUAGACAUUAAAAUUGUUUACGCUUAAACAGUUCAAUGGAAUCGGAACCAAGUACUUCGAACGAACAAGAUGGAAAUACUACAGAAACGAAUUCAAUGGAUACGAUUGAACAAAAAAUUAUUGCAUUGGCUCAAACUCGACCGAAAGGUAUAUCUGACAAGGAUUUGACAGCUGAAAUGCCAAACUUACAGCCUGCUCAAAGAGCUCAAAUUAUAAAUAAACUUUUAUCUCAGGGUCACUUUGAUUUAUUUAAACAAGGUGGUUCCUUAUUAUAUCGUUUAAAAGAUCCUUCCAAAGCAAAAGUAGCUAAAGGUGCAGACAACGAAGAAAAAAUUGUAUAUACCAUAAUCGAAGAAGCAGGAAACAAGGGGAUAUGGAUUCGAGAUAUAAGAUUUAAGUCUAAUUUAAUGCCAACUCAAUUAAACAAAAUCCUAAAAAGUCUGGAAACUAAAAAGUUUAUUAAAGCUGUUAAGUCUGUGGCAGCAAGUAAGAAGAAAGUAUACAUGUUGUAUAAUUUGGAACCAGACACAUCUGUAACUGGUGGUGCUUGGUAUCAGGACCAAGACUUCGAAGCAGAAUUUGUUGAUGUUCUUAAUCAACAAUGUUAUAGAUUUUUAGAAAAAAAACGAGAACAAAUAAGUUCUUGCAGAGGUGGACCAAUUGCAGCUAGAAAUAUCACAUUUGCUUCAUCCAAAGAAGUAUGGAAGUUCAUUUCUGAUUUAGGAAUUAGCAAGGUAAAAUUAUCAGUUGAAGAUUUGGAAAUGAUAUUGAACACAUUGGUUUAUGAUGGGAAAGUUGAACGUAUUCUUUCAGAAGAUGGAAGUAAUUUGUAUAGGGCAGUAGAACCUUUAUUACAUGCACCCGGAUUAAUUAAAUCUACUUGUGGUGUCUGUCCUGUAAGAAAAAACUGUUGUGACAUAGGCGACAUUACACCUACAAAAUGCCAGUACAUAACACAAUGGUUGGAAUAAUUUCUUUGAAUAAAAAUGUAUUUUAAAUAA